UGCAAUAUAUAUAAAACCGAAUUCCCACCCAAAAGAACGAACCCCAGCGACGAUGUCACGCUUAAGCAUCAUUAUCGUAGUCAUAGUUGCAGCCCUAUCACUCACUCCAGCACUCUCUGAUGAACUAUGCAACCCGCGAGACAAGAAAGCGUUACUCCAAUUCAAGAAAGACCUCGGCAACCCAACAACGCUCUCCUCGUGGCUCCCGAAUACGGAUUGCUGCAACCCCGAAUGGGACGGUGUCUUAUGCGACACAGACAACAAAACAUACCGCGUCAACCAACUCUACCUCACUAACCUUAACCUCUCCAAACCAUACCCUAUUCCCUCCUCCGUUUCGCGCCUUCCCUACUUGAAUCUACUCUACCUCACCACCACCCCCAACCUCCUCGGCCAAAUCCCCUCCUCCAUCGUUAAUCUCACCAAACUCCACUAUCUCUACAUCACCCGCACCUCUCUCUCCGGCCAGAUACCCCAAUUCUUGUCGCACAUGAAAACCAUCGUCACCUUCGACUUAUCCUACAACAACCUCUCCGGCACACUCCCUCCCUCCCUCUCCUCUCUCCCCAACCUCCAAGGACUCGCCUUCGACGGCAACCGGAUCACCGGCCCAAUCCCCGACUCCUACGGCUCCUUCUCCCACAAGUUCACGUCGCUGACGCUCUCCCGCAACCGCCUCACCGGCGAGAUUCCGGCGACGCUGGCCGAUCUGAACCUCACGUUCGUGGACUUGUCUCUGAACAAGCUCGAGGGUGACGCGUCGGUGUUGUUUGGGUCGGAUAAGAACACGCAGGAGAUAAAUCUGGCGAAGAACUUGCUGGAAUUUGAUUUCGGGAACGUGAAGUUGUCGAAGGACUUGGAGAGCUUGGAUAUUAGGAACAACCGUGUGUAUGGGACGCUGCCUAAGGGGCUCACGGCGCUUAAGUAUCUGAGUAGGUUUAACGUGAGCUACAAUAAUCUGUGUGGUGAGAUUCCACAGGGUGGCAACUUGCAAAGAUUUGGCGCCUCUUCCUACGCUCAUAACAAGUGCUUGUGUGGCUCUCCUCUUCCUUCCUGCACUUGAUUACUUUACAGUUACACUCUGUGGGUAAUAUAUAUGGAUAUAUAUAUAUAUAUAUAUGCAUGGUGAUCUAAUGUGUUUGUCUUUUAACUCACUAGAGGUUCUACUUUUAUGUUCAUUUAAUCUUGUGUUAAAAUGUCCAUAAUAUAAUACCUUUUCUAAUUGGACGCAUGUAGUGUUUAUGGGAAUGGAUCAUUCCCCUCAAUAAUACAACUAUUAUCACUUGGUGA